GGGCCGCGGCCGAGGGGGUUCGGCUCGGGGCGGGCGGCGCCAUGGCCCGUAAGAAGCUGCACCGGCCCAUCGCCGCCAUGGCCAAGAAGAUCCGCGAGUACCGGGCGCUGAAGGAGCGGCCGCGGGACUCGCAGCGCUUCGCCCUGGACUACGAGAGCGUGCGGCGGCCCCUGACGCAGAAGCGCCUGCCGGCGCUGGCCUGGCGGGACGCGCGCAGCGAGAGCCGCCUGUUGGCGCUGCUCUGCCGCCUGCCGCGCUUCGGCGUGGGCCGCACGGUCACCCGCAAGUCCUGGCUCUGGGCGCACGACGAGCCCUGCUACUGGGUCAUCGCCAAGGUCCGGGCGGACUACACGGCCGAGAACAUGGACCACGGCAAAGCCUGGGGAUACCUGACCUUCAGAGGCAAAACCGAAAAAGUAAUGAAGGAGAUCGAUAAAGUCAUGUACCAUGACUGGCGUAUGGUGCCCAAGCAUGAGGAGGAGACCUUCAAGAAAUGCACCCCAGUGCCAGAGGAGACCAUUCGGUACCUUCCAUACCCGCCUCUGCUCCGAGCCAUGAUCCUUGCUCAGUGGCAGAAAGAGGGAAGAGAAAUCACAGAGGAGCCACUGAUUGAUCUGAAGGCCGUGGCCUCUCAACUUCAGGUAGCAAAGAAAAAAUCUACAGGGACAUCAGUGUAAAGUCUUGUUCUGUCACCUGAGUUUCCCCCAUGCUUUUGCUGUGUGUGAACAGCACAUCACCGUAACGGAGACCCACUUGCCCACUGUGGUAUGGUGGAUUCAGGUUUCCUAUUUUUCUCCACAGGACUGUAUGGUAACCUCAUCUAAAAGGAAAGGUGCAGAAACAGAUUUUUUUUCCAUAACUUUGGUCUCAGUCAGCAGAGGAACCUUCUUGGUUCCCUGUAUAUUCUCUGAAUAUGUAGCUCCUGUCACCCAGCUACAAUUCUUUGGAGUACAGUUUCCUUAUAGCCUGAAAAAGGAUUUUUUUUUUAAAGAACAUUUUUCAGGUAGUUUAAGUACCUUUGUAAAUCACAGAAAAAUAACUAAAGUGUCACCUUGUUUCCCAGAGCUGUGUGUAAACGUAUCUCUCAGAUUAAAUAAACAAUUUCUUAUUUCCACGGUA